CCCGACCUGCGCGUGCUCGGCUGUCGGGGCGAAGCGGAACCCCCACCCUCUGUGCGGCUCGCUGGCCGGGAUCCGAGCGUUCCGCAGCCUGGGCGCCUGGGGGGCGGGCGCUGGACCCUGCGAUCCCGGGUUGGUGACCCUGGUGUCUCGGGUUCAUCGAUCAGCGUUUCCCAUGUCGGAGAGGUGUAUCAUGAAUCCCAGUAUGAAGCAGAAACAUGAAGACAUCAAAGAGAAUAUAAAGAAUAGUCCUGUCCCAAGAAGGACUCUGAAGAUGAUUCAGCCUUCUGCAGCUGGAGCUCUCGUUGGAAGAGAAAAUGAGUUGGUUAAAGGCUUGUCCAAAAGGAAACAUUGGAACGACCAGUCACCAUCUAAGAACGCCAGCUCUGGAGUGCUCACUGUCCCAGAACAGAGUGAAAAUAAAGAUUGUGGCAGAGUUACUCAGGAAGCAUUCGAUCUCAUGAUUGCAGAAAAUCCAUCCUCGCAAUAUUGGAAAGAAGUGGCGGAAAAACGGAGGAAAGCUCUCUAUGAAGCACUUAAGGAAAAUGAGAAACUUCAUAAAGAGAUUGAAGAGAAGGACAAUGAGAUCGCCCGCCUGAAAAAGGAAAAUAAACAAUUGGCGGAAGUAGCAGAACAUGUACAGUAUAUGGCAGAGGUGAUAGAGAGACUUCAUGGCGGGCCUCUGGAUAAGUUGGAGUCACCAAAUAGUCCGGAAUUUGAUUCUGAUGAGGAAACUGGGGAGGACUCAGAAGUGGAAGACUCAGAAAUUGGUUCACGUGCUGAAGAAGUAUCUUCCUCUACAGACGCGCAGCCACAUGUAUGAGAUUCAUUCAUACCUGACUCUUGAGAAACACACUGCCAAAGUUUACCUCCACUAUAGUUCUGUGUAGCAGAGCCGACAGAUGUAGAACGCAAAGUGGGAACCAAACUUCCUUGUUUGAAUCCUGGGACCCUGUUGUAUUAAAACGCAAAUACUAUGUAUUUUUAAUCUACGAUGUUUUAUGUAAAUAGCGUUUUCCCAGUGUCAGACAUGACUUGUGUAUAUGAUAAAUAAACUUCAGUCUCCUGUUGAGUGUACCUUGGAAGAA